CUGAUUUUAUAAAGACAUCUACAGGAAAGGAGGUGGAAAACGCGACCUUUCCAGUCGGAGUAGUCAUGAUGCGAGCCAUUAAAGAAUUCUACUGGCAAACUGGCAACAAGGUUGGAUUUAAACCUGCUGGGGGCAUUCGGACAGCAAAAGAAGCUAUUACUUGGCUUAUGCUGGUGAAGGACGAACUGGGCGUGGAAUGGCUAACACCAGAGCUCUUUCGCCUGGGUGCCAGUAGUUUGCUGGAAGACAUUGAAAAACAGAUUUUCUACCAUGUGACUGGCUCUCAUGCACUUCAGCAUGACCUGGCAAUGGCUUAGACACAAAAUCAACUCAGGAUUAUUUUUACAAAAGAGGUCUUUAAGCAAGCAGCAUUCAGAAGUCUUCUGACAACCAAGGGCAUAUGGUAGAAUUAAAGGCCUAAUUCUCCCUUCUUCAUAUUUUGUAGUAUUUAAAAAUAUGC